AUGGGUGGUGUUACCGUUCGAGAUGUUGAUGCGCAAAAGUUCAUCACCGCGUAUGCCGAGUUCUUGAAGAAGCAGGGAAAGCUUCCGAUCCCAGGUUGGGUCGAUACUGUCAAGACUUCUCACUCCAACGAGCUCCCCCCUCAGUCCGCCGAUUGGUUUUACGUCCGCGCGGCCGCCGUUGCCCGACACAUCUACCUCCGAAAGUCAGUCGGUGUUGGCCGUCUGCGAAAAGUUCACGGCAGCACCAAGAACCGUGGCUCGAGACCCUCGCACCACGUCAAUGCUUCCGGAUCAGUUGACCGAAAGGUUGUGCAAGCUCUCGAGCAGUUGGGAAUAGUCGAGAAGGUUGAUGAGGAUGAGGAAGGUGGCAGUGGAAAGGGUGGCCGGAGAAUCACCCAGGCUGGUGCCCGAGAUCUUGACCGAAUCGCCCUGAACGCGGUGGAGGGUGAGGAAGACGAAGAAUAG